UGACCCAAUUAGCUAGCUAGCUAGUGUCUUUGUAACCAGAACGAAAAAGAAAACAGAAGAAGAAGAGAUGGAAGGAGAGGGAAGAAGAGAAGAUAGUUAUUGCUCUUAUCUCUGCAUCCCUUACAACUUCUUCCACGAUAUCAUCCGAUCGUUUCUCGUUAGGUUUCACGUUCUUCAAACUCCUCCUGAUAACUUUCCGAUAGCAGAAGAAAAAGAGGAAGAGACAGAGGCUGUGAAAGUGUCUUCGAGGAGUGUAGCGUCGAAGAAAGUUGGAGCGAGACAGAAUAAGCAGCAAACGAGUUCCGGGAAGCGUGGAGGUACCAACAAGACACAUUCCUAGUUACUUCUUCUUCCACGUGUCUUCAGUUCAACAAAGGUCAACGUCAAAUUUGAAUUAGUUGUUGGUAUAUAUAUAUAUAUAUGUUCGAGAAAGUCUUUUUACUUUUUACAUUUUCUUCUUAUGCGUAUAUUAUUAAUGUAUAUUGUUAUAAAUGUGUUUUCUUUUGCGUGAAUGUAUGUGAAACUUGACUGUUUUGUGAGUUCGUUCGUAAAAUAAGAAGAAAAUAUAUGAACAUAUAUUUAGUGAUGUAUGAAAGUUGUAAGAGAAAUAAAUAAAGGAUGAUACUCAUGGUGGCGAUUUAAGCAAGAA